AUGCCUCGGACUCGACCUACUGUCCAAACAAUAUUUCGCGAGCUUGAACGCAUCUCAGUCAACUCGAGCAGAACAUAUGAGGCACCGCCUGGUGCGCCAGAUCCAGCGAAAGUACUGCCACUGUCUAUCUUGUUGAACCAACACUGGAAAAUGGAGAUACAAGGCGAAGAUCGGACACUUCAUGUGCCAGGUCAUCUUUCCUUGGAUUCACUUUCCUCGAACUCGGAUUGCCACAUAUUUCCUUGCCAUCCACUGUUCAACAAGCUGGUCAGAUAUGCACAUCAGCAACCACCACGAUUAUGCAUUCGAGAUGACAACACGGGCGUUGAAGCGACGCAUAUACAAUUACUGACAGAUGUUCUGGCCUUUCGGAAGCGAGUGUGGGCAAGUCUUGCAACAGACGCUCGGAAGGCACUGAAUGACAGAGACGAGGUGUACAUCGCGAUACUGGCACCAGGAGGAUACGAGUUCACGGUAGCAAUCCUGGCAGCCCUGGCGCUAGGAGCUGCUGUAGUUCCAAUGACAACAGCUUUACCGCCACAGGAAGCGUUGUACUUUGUCUCAAAAUCCAGAGCCGCAGCAAUCCUGGUAUCGGAAGGGGCGUUGCGUCUUGGCCUGUCCGUGGAAAAGCUUGUCAAGGACGACAAUCCCCAGAGCUGUUUUGUAUGCGUGCCUGUCGCGCCCUCGUUAUCGAACCCGCCGCUCCGACCGGGACAGAUCAUAGUCUCGUCGGACACCUUCCUAGACGACAAUGCUGCAGGAGUGGUGAUAUUCACUUCGGGAACUACAGGGCCCCCUAAAGGCGCCGUCAUGCGUCGUGCCUUUGUCCACGACGAAGCCAUGGGAGUCGUGGAUCAUUACCAUAUCACGAAGGACGAUGUGUUGUUACAUCUUCUACCAGUCCAUCAUGCAACAGGGAUUGGCAUGAUGUUCUUUCCGUUCCUGAUCGGCGGAGCAUUGCUUGAGUUCAAGAGCGGCUCUUUCAGUCCCGAGUGGCUGUGGGACCGUUGGCGACGGGGAGGCAUAACAUUCUUCUCUGGUGUCCCAACCAUAUACAUGAGACUUAUGAGACAUUUCCAGCAGAGCAUAGCAUCGCGACCCGACGCGCAACAGUAUAUCGACGGUGCUCGAGCGCUACGUGCCUGUAUCUGCGGGACCUCCGCCCUGCCCAAAAACAUUGCAGACUUCUGGACAGAGCUUCUAGGUCGCCAGAUCCUCUUGAGAUACGGCAUGACCGAAACGGGCGCGGUGUUCAGAGUUCGCAUGGGGGACGACAACGUGCCAGAUGGCUCCGUCGGCAACAUUUUUCCAGGCUGCGAUGUCCGACUGUCUGAAGGUGGCCAAGGAGAGAUCCUGGCCAAAAGCCCAGGAAUGUUCAGCAAAUUCCUGUUCGAUGCAGAGGCCACGAAAGCUGCACAUGACGCCGAUGGAUAUUACAAAACAGGUGAUAUAGCCAGGAGAGAGGGUGACUACUACUUCAUCCUUGGGCGAGCGUCCGUGGACAUCAUCAAAAGCGGUGGCUACAAAAUCAGCGCUCUCGACAUCGAGCGAGAGCUUCUGGCGUUGCCGUACGUCGCUGAAGCGAUGGUAGUCGGUGUUGAUGAUCAAGAAUUUGGCCAGCGAGUCGCGGCUGCGAUAGUGCUCAAGCAGGCAGCUGACAUCUCGCCCCAAGGAAUCGCAGACACGUCCAGGCUUGACAUCGAGAGAUUGCGUAACGAUCUCAGGGAGAGAAUGGCCGGCUACAAGCUGCCAACAGUGCUUAGGGUGCUCAACGAAGAGCUGCCGAAGUCUGCGACUGGCAAGGUAGUGAAGAAGACGCUCGGCCCACACUUCUUCCCGCCGGAGAAAUAUCACGAAAUGUCUGCUGUGCAAAUAUGGAGAUCGAAACGGACCACCAAGUUGUAA